AGCUCCAACGCUUGUCAAAAAUUCCGAAAUCAAGUAGGAGAAAAUUUCUAAGACGAAUGAAGAAACAGGAAAGUUUGAAUGCUAAAUCUGAACAAAGACUUACAAAACAGGAACUAAAGAGAAUAAAUAAAAAUCUGAGAAAUAAGGAAAGGUACAGUCAAAAUUUAGAGACAAGACAGAGGAAGAGGUGUUAUGUUACAAUGCGUUAUCAGCAAGACGUACAUUUUCGCGCGAAACAAAGGUCGUAUUAUACACAGCGUUGUAAGACUGAUCAUAUCUUUAAGAAGAAAAAUCAUUCCCGCUUCUUACUUCGUUAUAAGACGGAUAAUUGUUUUCGAAUGGGACGAUGCACCUACAGAACGCAACGCUACCGUGACGACCCUGAGUUUAAUGCAAGGCAACGUUCCUACGUAAUGCAACGUUACCAUGACGACCCUGAGUUUAACGCAAGGCAACGUUCCUACGUAAAGCAACGUUACCGUGACGACCCUGAGUUUAACGCAAGGCAACGUUCCUACGUAACGCAACGUUACCGUGACGACAAUGAGUUCAAUGCAAGAAAGCGUACCUACAUAACGCAACGUUACCGUGACGACCCUGAGUUCAAUGCAAGACAGCGUACCUACGUAAUGCAACGUUACCGUGACGACCCUGAGUUCAAUGCAAGACGGCGUACCUACGUAACGCAACGUUACCGUGACGACCCUGAGUUUAAUGCAAGGCGACGUUCCUACGUAACGCAACGCUACCGUGACGACCCUGAGUUUAAUGCAAGACAACGUACCUACAUUACAGAACGUUACCGUGAUGACCCUGAAUUUAAAACAAGACAGCGCAUGUAUAUUACACAGCGUUAUCGUGACGAUUUUAGAUUUAAUUCUAGACAGCGCUUUUACUUUAAACACCGUUAUUCUAGCAAUCCUGAAUUCAGAGCUAAACAUCAGGAAAUCAUGAGGUCCAUUAUGAGAACAAAAUCUGAUUCGUUGCGUAAUAAAACAAUGACCAGAGCAAGUACGGUUUUACAAAAAUACAAACUCAUAAAUCGGCUAUGUAGAGAGCGAAAUGAAUGUGCGUUAAUGAAAGCCGUGGACCUGUUCAAAGACCAAAUUAAGAAUGGACCCACGUUUGUUUGCACAGUUUGCCACAGAGCCUUAUUUCCCAACCAGGUGCAGUCUUGUCGGCGUCUCCUUUAUAAGCAGAACCGAAAUGUUGUUGCACGUUGUCUCACGGGACAAUUUGUUCAUAUUUGUAAUGAUGAAUGUCAUUCGUCGUGUAGAGUACCGGCUGAAAGAAAACUAGAGUGGAUAUGUCACACCUGCCACACACAUCUCAAAGAUGGUAAAAUGCCAGCAAUCGCUGUUGCAAACAAUCUCACGCUAGCUGAUAUUCCAACAGAACUGCGUGGAUUGAACAUAUUAGAGAGACACCUCAUUUCCAAAUGCAUAGCGUUUGCCAAAAUUGUACCGCUUCCCAAAGGUCAACAACGAGCCAUUCGCGGAAAUGUUGUGUGCGUGCCGUCGGAGGUACAGGAGACAGUCAAUGCCUUGCCGAGGAUAAGAAGUAAGUCGCAGAUGUUGAGAGUGAAACUGAAGAGACGACUUUGCUACAAAGGCCAUCAGUUUUUUCAAACUGUCACUUGGUCCAAGCUAAUGAGCGCUCUGAUAAAACUGAAGCAAAUUCAUCCGCAAUACAGAAGCAUAACUAUCCGCGACGAUCCGGACCUUUGCGACCCAACCCUCACUGAUGAUGAAAGCGGCUCAGAUGAAGCGGAAAUGAGCGACAUCGAGUACAAUGAGGAAGCCCUGGAGGAGAUGUACAGAUUUGAGACUGAAGCUCUGCGUGGAAUGAACGGUGAGUCACAAAAUGUCAAUCAGCAACAAGGAAAUCUAGAAGAUGGUGAUCAACCUAGCGGUGGAGUUAUACUUGAAUCGUGUCUCCAACCGAGUGACGUGUCGGAGGAAAUUAUGAGUUUUACUGAGGGCAUUUACUCUGUUGCUCCUGCAGAAAGAAAUAACCCUGUAAGCUUUUUCAAGACUCCCAAACUCGAGGCCAUGGCUUUUCCAGUGCAGUUCCCGAGCGGGCAAAACACGCUCGAUGAAGAGAGACCGAUAAAACUCACACCGAGCAAGUAUUUCAAAACCCGACUGUGUUGCGUGGAUGAACGUUUUGCGAGGGAUCCGACCUACUUGUUCUUUGCUCAGUUUGUGACCGAAAUCUACCAGGCGACGUCGAGCAUGUCAAUACAGCUACGCAAAGGUAAACCGUUUACCCGAGAUGGUCGGAGAAUUACCAACGCUAUGCUUCAGGACAAACGUCAAGUUGAAAAACUGGUGCGCAGCAAAGACGCCGUCCGCUUCAUGACGCCGCUGAGAGGCACGCCAGCCUACUGGGAGAGAACCACCAAAGAUCUUUUUGCAAUGAUCCGACAGCUGGGUACACCCACGUUCUUUUGCACAUUUUCUGCUGCUGAAAUGCGUUGGGAAGAGGUCAUCACUGCCAUCAAAGCGCAACAAGGUGAAGUGGUGAAUUUUGCUGGAUUGGACUGGGCUACCAAGUGCGAAAUUCUACGCGGCAAUCCGGUGACGACAAUGCGCAUGUUUGACAAACGUGUGGAAGCUCUGUUCAGAGAUUUGAUCCUCUCUCCGGCGCAACCGAUUGGUGAAGUGGUUGACUACUUUUACCGAUUGGAGUUUCAGCACAGAGGAAGUCCUCACAUUCAUUGCCUCAUAUGGGUUAAAGGUGCCCCUGUAUUUGAGGAAUCCUCAGACAAAGCCAUCUGUGAUUUUGUAUCCCGCUACAUCUCCGCUGAGCUGCCGGACCCGCAAAAGGAACCCGAAUUGUACAAAAAAGUCACAGAGGUUCAGAUGCACAGCAAAAGUCACUCCAAAACGUGUGUCAAACACCAGGGUGCAAAUUGCCGUUUUGGAUUCCCCAAACAACCGUGCCACGAAACGAUGAUCAUCAGACCUGCGCCCGUAGACGACGACAAUCGAGAUCGACACGCGGAGAAUCGCUCGGCGGCCAACGCCAAGCUUGUUCCCGUGCUAAAUCUCCUGAAUGAGCCUGAAACUUCAUCCAUGACUUUGCCUCAGCUGCUGGCUAAAUGCGAGCUCACCGGUGACGACUUUGUGAACUGUUUGCACCUGACGGCCUCGUCGAGUUCCGUCGUGCUUAAGCGAGAACCCAAAGACUGCUGGGUCAACUACUACAACCGCCAUUUGCUUCUUGCCUGGGAUGGAAAUCUGGACAUUCAAUACAUCCUGAAUGCCUAUUCUUGCAUCGCGUACAUCUGCAGCUACAUCAGCAAAGCGGAACACGGUCUGAGCCAAUACCUGAAAUCGGUCAUUGAGAACUCCCGCAACGAAAAUGUCAACGAGAACGACGAAAUGAAACAAAUUAUGCAAGCGUACUCCAAGAAGAGGGAAGUGAGUGCUCAGGAGUGUGUGGCGCGCGCAUGCGGCCUGCAUAUGAAACAGUCCUCCCGCAUGGUGGUAUUUGUACAAACGAGUGACAAUGCGCUGAAAAUGAGUUAUCCUCUCUCGCUGCUUGAGGGCAAAACCCAGGACUCGCACGAAGUGUGGAUGACUGGGCUGCCGGACAAGUAUAAAUGCAGACCUCAAACGGAGGAAUUUGAAGUCAUGUGCUUGGCUGAUUUCGCAUCAAGGUGCAGAAUUGUUUACGGUAACCAAGUCAAAGGUAAAAACGUUUUGCGUCUGCUGAAAGAUAUGGGGUUUGUACAAAAAAGAACAGAAAAACCUGCGGUCAUCAAAUAUUGUAAAUUCUCAGAACAAAAGAAUCCAGAGGAAUAUCACCGCACCUUGCUCAAGCUGUACCUGCCUCAUCGUGCUGAUUGCCAGUUGAAAUCUGAACGCUUUCCCACCUCACAGUUGUUCCACGAGCACGCCUGUGUACAGUUACCGUACGCCGACCAUGUGGAGCGCGUGUCUGAAAUCGUCAAGAGGAACAGAAAAACGUACGAGGGACACAGUGGAGACAUUGAAGAUGCCAUCAGAGAGUUGGAGGAAAGCGGGCUCAAUGUGAACGAAUGGUGCCACCUGGCUCCCGAGAGUGAGCUGCAAAGACUCGAAUGCAUUGAGGAAAUCAACGCGAGAGACGACCCGACUGAGAACGCGGAGGAAAACGUCCCCGACUAUAACGUGAGAUCGGCGACGAGAGAAACGGCUAUUGUGGCUGAACCUGCUGCCAUCGAUCCCACGGUGUUACGCGGUAUGUAUCGAAACCUGAACCGAAAACAAGCGUCUGUGUUCUACAAGGUCCGAGAUUGGUGCGUGAAACGUGUUUGUAGCUCGAAGCCGAUCGAGCAGUUUUUCUACUAUGUCAACGGUGGCGCCGGGACCGGCAAAUCGCAUCUGAUCAAAUGCAUCCACGCGGACGCCACGAAAAUACUGCUCAGACUACCACGACUGGCUGAGGAAGCGGACAUUUGCAAACAGACUGUUGUUCUCGCAGCCUUCACGGGUACGGCGGCAUUUAACAUUUCAGGGACCACUUUGCAUUCUCUCCUCAAACUGCCGAGAAGUCUCAGACCCCCGUAUCAAGGCCUGGGCAACAAACUGGACGAAGUCAGAGCGGAGCUUUCGAUCGCUGAAAUACUCAUUAUCGACGAGAUUUCCAUGGUGUCAAAAGACCUUUUUGCCUACGUGAGUACCAGAUUGAAACAAAUCAAAGGAAUCGAUUUACCUUUUGGCGGUAUGUCUGUGCUUGCUGUCGGAGAUUUCUUUCAGCUCCCUCCUGUGAGACAAUCCAAACCUUUGUGCGUGUACGAUCCUACUCGGCUGGACCACUGGCGCGACAACUUCAAAAAGAUCACGCUCACGGACAUCAUGAGGCAGAAAGAUGAUGCCGCCUUUGCCGAAGUGCUGAACAGACUCCGCGUCAAAGACAGGUUUCGCGAACUGUCGGAACCGGACGCAUCUCUGCUUGCUACGAGGUACGCUUCUCCAGUAACGUGUCCAAAGAAUAUUCUGCAUAUUUUUGCCACCAAUAAGCAGGUAGACGGCCAUAAUUCCGCGAUGCUGAAUCUGCUUCAUAAGGACGUUGUGCAAAUCGACGCCGAUGACUACAAGAAAGACAAAAAAACCGGCAGAAUGGCAAGGCAAGCGACCCCUGUCCGAGGACCUAAGAACGGGUUGCCCGACUCGAUCAAAGUCGCCGUCGGCGCCCGCGUCAUGAUCACACGCAAUAUUGAUGUUCAAGCAGGUCUGUGCAACGGGACAUUUGCAAAAGUUGUGCAAUUGGUGAAUUACCCAAACGAAGCGCGUGUACAGAAACUCGGGCUGGAGCUAGAUUGUGUCGCUAAGACGAGAAGUGCUGAGAAUUCUGUGUUCAUUGACAGACAGGAGGAGAGGAUGCAGAAUACCGGAGUGGUGCGCCGGCAGUUUCCCCUUAAGCUUGCUUUUGCUUGCACGAUCCAUAAGGUACAAGGCAUGACAACAUCUGAGGCCGCGGUUUCGCUGAAAGGCGUUUUCGAACACGGCAUGGGCUACGUAGCUCUGAGUAGAGUGACUUCGCUCAGCGGUCUUCAUAUUCUGCAUAUGGAUGAGAGAAAAAUUCAUGCAAAUCCGGAAAUCACUGCUGCUCUUGCUGAGAUGACAGAGGAUUCUUUGGACGGCGUGAUGCCCCUGUUUCACGUGAUGCCGAGGGUGGAUAAAGCAAAGGACCUGAUCGUCGUCCAUCAUAACACCGAAGGGCUGUCUUGUCACGUGCAGGAUAUCGCGUGUCACCACGAACUGCGUUUUGCUGAUGUUUUGUGCCUCACAGAAACGCACCUCCGAGGAUCUGCGGCCGCCUGCUUGGAAGGCUAUACCAUGUUUCACAGGAAUCGAAGUGAUUCUUAUACAACCUGUCCCGACUUGGCGACAAAACUCGGUGGCGGCGUAGGUAUUUGUGUCAAAAGUCACAUCGCGGCCCAGGAAAAGAAAUACGUACAGGGUGUGACCGAUAUUGAAUUUGUUGCGGUGAAACUGGAAGCUCCCAUCAAUUUGUUGAUCGCUGCCGUUUACAGGCCUCCCGGGCACAGUCUGCGCGCAUUUCUGCCAAGCUUGGGAAACCUGUUGCGUUAUCUUGAAGUCAUGGACCAUCACCAGAUCUUGGUAUGUGGCGAUUUUAACGAAGAUGCGCUCUCCGCCUCGUACAAGCCCGUCCUUGAAUUGUUUUGCUCAAAGGGUUACACGCAGCUCAUAACCACUGCUACCACUGACAAAAACACAUUGAUCGACCUAAUUUUUGUCUCUCGACCUCAGUGUGCUCUUUAUUCAGGUGUCCUGCAAACGUACUACAGCUAUCAUAAUCCUGUUUUCUGUGUCUUGAAUACUGAAAGGUAAGUCAAAUCUAAAUUGUGUAUUUCAGCAUUUGGGAAAUUAACAAGGACGGAAAUCAGAUGGCGUAAGUGGCGGUGCGCGGUGGGCGAUUUGUUGAAUUGAGAUGAGAUGGUAUCGGAGGCGUAGGUGGCUCAGAAAGGCAAAUGUAAUGUUGGCGUUGGGCAGAAACCUCACAAUUAUAUAGAAAAAAAUACUAACGACCAAUGUGAAUAGUGAUGCGCUUUAUAUUUUACGCUGAACUCGUGUCUGUGGAUGUAAAUCAAGUUGAGUUAAGGGAAGGCGCUCAACCAGCUGGGAAGCUGCACCUUCUUGGGCCGCCCAUGCAUGUGGCAGUAUGGGCAGCUGCUGGGCAAAAGACCCUCUGAGGGUGGCGAGGGGACGGCACGGCCGUUGACACCUAAAUAAGACUUGCGGAAAUAACUGCUAGUCUACUCGUCUGCGGGAUGGAUGGAAGAGUCCAUCUCAUCGUCCAUCAAAGGGAAGGCUUUUAAAAUUUUAAAAAGUCCUCCCUUAACUCAACUUGAUUUAAAUUUUAAACUUUUAGAAAUUUGAACUAUUUAAAUAUUUAACUUUCAAACUUUUUAACUUUUAAUAUGUUUAACUUUUGUAAAUGAACUCACGGAUGAUCUAAGAGGCGACUUUUUAACUUUUUGCGUUUUAUUCGUUCUAACGUCAAAUUUUAAAGAUGACUUCAGGAAUGGACUUUUAAAGUUUUUAACUUUUAAAAUGUUUACAUUUUCUAAAUUAACUCCCAGAUGAGUUAAGGGGUGACUUUUUAAACUUUUUAAUUCUAAUGCUAGAAUCAAAUUUUAAAGAUGACUUCAGGAAAGGCCUUUUAAACUUUAUUUUUUUAUCAUUAUUUUCAAUUCUUUUUAACGUCAUAAUCACGAGGCGAGAACGGAAAACAGACGAGGUAAGUUGCUCAUCAAUAAACAUGUGUUUUCCCUUUCUAAAAACACUAAAUGCUUCUAUUUCACUCUUCUCUAUUUUCAGAGUUUCUUUUAUCUGGCGAAAGCAGUUCGACCCACAAUGGAGGCCAGAGGUAAACAUUCUCCACAAAGACCUUGAGGAUGCAAAAACUUCCAGCGUGGACCAAUGACUCCCGAACCAGGGAGGCGAGAAGCAAGACUUAUUCUUCUUUUUUCCGUGUUUCCUGUAACUCCACGUGCUCCAUUUGUCAAGACGGGAGUUUGGCCCCUGCGGUGCUCAACCUUGAUGGGAUUUGGCCUGUCUUGCCAGAGAAAUGACACAGCACAGCGACAGCCAAGUCUUUCAAAAAGACUCGUACGAUGGAGGCCAGCAUCAUGGAACGCAAACUCCCAAACCAGCGUGGCAAUCGUGACUUCUGCUGAUUCUUCUAUGGAACAAUCAAGGGCACCUCUGGCAGCUCUUUGCUUUGACUCUGACAUCUACCUUUUUUAUUUUUAACAUGCUGUCUUUCAUGUGCCUUCUCUGCAUCCAUUGCAGCCUGGUGAUCCUGAAAGGGGGAUCCUCCCAUCUGUGGUCCCUUCUCAAGGUUUCUCAUUUUUCCCCUGGUGUUUUUUUUUUUUUGAGUUUUUCCUUGCCCUUUUGGAAGCUUAAGAUCAGGGGGUGCUUUGAGAAUAAUUGCCAAUUUGUCUAUGCGAAGCCCUUUGAGACUGCUUGUGAUUUAGGGCUAUGUAAAUAUAUUUUACUUGACUUGACUUCUAUGAGUAGCCAGCGAGGAAAAUUGUCCCUUUUUAGUUUUGCUGCUUUUCCUCACCUCCAUGUUUUUAUCGUAUCUUCUUGGGUAUUGCCUGGCCUUUGACUGUUGGAAACUUGUCCCUUUGGCUUUACUCUAUUAAGUCUCAGAUACGUACAGUCUGUUUUCUGUUCUCCUUUAUUUAUGUAUUUAUUUGUUUAUUUGUUUGAUUGCUUAUUUAUUGUUUAAUCGUACUUUUAUUUGGUUACCUUUUCGGCAAUGCUUUGAACUCUGAAGUUGUAAUCAUUUUGAUUUGCACAAUUGUUGAACUUUAUACAUUUCUUUGCCUCAAACCAUGUUUACAUUAUCUUUUGUAUAUGUAUCCCAAGUCUGUCUAAUACCAUCUCCAAUCAUGCUACAGUUGAAUUAUUAAAUAAAUUAAAAAAAAACACUUGUUGUGUUUAUGCAGAGUAGAGAUGAACGCUAAUGUACUUUUUUAUUCAGCAACUUUUUAUUUUUCCCCACUUGUCUCACAUAGCAGUACAAUCUCUCUUGCGCACCACAGCACGCCCCACUGACAAUAUUAUGCAAGACCUCCUCUAACGCACUAUAUAUAUGUAUUAUAGUUUCAACAUGUCAAGGUGUCUGGAAAAAAAAAAGGGAAUUGACUUUGUUUCCUACUUCUGGAUUUUAUUCACAUUGCUGUGAUUGUUUGCAGCAAUGGGUCCUAAUUUAUUAGUCUUUGGUAUGACCUGGCUGGGUUUUGAACUCAUAACCUUCCGGUUCCAGGGUGGACAUUCUACCACUAGGCCACUGAGCUGGAGCUUUUGUGUUGUUUUUAGUUUAUAUAAACUUUCAGCUUGUUUUUUUUUUGUUUUUUUAAACUUAAUUUUAUUUUUUAAAUAUUUUAGCAGAUGCACUGAUCGUUUGGCAUUUUUAAUUUUGUUGUACAUGUAACAAUGGCAAUAAAGAUCUAUCUAUUUAUCUAUCGGUGUAACUAAUAAAG